UAACUAUUCAGAUACAUAGUACACACAGCUAACAGCUGCGCAUGUAGACCCUUGCAAGGAAACUCGACUCAGGAUUAAGCCUGUUCUACUGGACUUUUCAAAGGAUGGGGGAGUUUCGGCAGUUUGAUCAAGACUUUUACCAUUCUGAAUAUUACAUAGAUGAUCAGACCCAAGAAGCAUACGGCUAUGACACAGCAUAUGCCAGUCCACAUUACCAAGAUGUAAAUUGUGCUACUUCAGAUGCCUAUGCCCCAUUAACAGAUUCACUUUACAGUGAGCAGAUGUUUCAACCUGAAGCAUCUCCCGGGGUUGCUGAGCACACUGAUACCUUUGAGGAAGAACCUCCACUGUUAGAGGAAUUGGGCAUUAACUUUGAUCACAUCUGGCAGAAGACUCUGACUGUGCUGAACCCGAUGAAGCCAGCGGACGGCAGCAUCAUGAAUGAAACAGAUUUAACUGGUCCUGUUAUUUUCUGCAUCGCUUUGGGGGCCACUCUUUUGAUGGCAGGAAAGGUACACUUUGGCUAUGUGUAUGGGAUCAGUGCCCUGGGCUGUGCAGGAAUGUACAUUUUGCUGAAUUUAAUGAGUGUAUGCACAAUAUCCUAUGGGUGCGUGGCGAGUGUAUUAGGAUACUGCUUGCUGCCAAUGGUGGCUCUCUCUGCCUUUGCUGUUUUUUAUUCUCUACAAGGGGUUCUUGGCACACUGCUGGCCUUGUUUGUGAUUGGCUGGUGCAGUCUUUCAGCAUCUAAGAUCUUCACUUCUACAUUGGAUAUGGGUGGACAACAGCUGCUAGUUGCGUACCCAUGCACACUGCUCUAUGGAGUCUUCGCUCUCCUCACCAUCUUUUGAUUAUACAAAUAAGAAGCUGUGACCUCACUGAAACCCAGUUUAAGGUGAAGAGUUCAAUUACUUUUACAAUUUUGGGAAAAAACAGGUGUUCAUCAUACUCCACUCCUGAAUAAAUAAUAUUGGGAAAUUCAUAUAAAAUAAAAAAUGGAUAUGACAUCUUAAUUAUUUCAACAUCCUAAAGCUUUGGCUGUAGUAAUAUUACUGCAAAGCAGCAAAUUGUAUAAAAUAAACUUGAUCGCCAUAAGCAUGGGACUGAAAUAUAUUAGAGGUAAAUGAUCUUUUGUAACAAGUCUUUAUAUUGACCUUUAUAAAUUAUUACUUGUAUUAUUACUGGAUUUUCAAGUAUCUUCCUAAAAAAACUUUCCAUCCCUUCCAUCUGGAAUAAAAUCAUAAAUUCUAGACUUUACCAUUAACACAAUUUAUCUAUUAUUUAAUUUGCCAUUAACACAAUUUUAUAUUUAGAGUACCUUUACCUGCACACAUGAUCUUUAACAGUACCUACUUUCUUCAGUGUCAGUUGGACAUCUGUUGGACCCAUUCAAGUAGAUCUUAAACAUAAACUCCUGUUAUGUAAUCUUGAUACAGGGCUUCUCUCUCUCUCUCUCUCUCUCUCUCUCUCUCUCUCUCUCUCUGUCUGUGUCUAUAAUAAAUAAUUGAGGGGCAUAUGAGAGGAAUGACCUUCUGAUCUUGUGCAUAAUUUAACAUGUACAUAAGGAGGAGGUGCAGAAGGUGUAUAACAUUGCAGUUCCUGAGGGAUGUGUAGUAAACAUUAACUUUUGUACUCGCAUAUAAAAUGAUGGAGAAAAGCAGUACAAACUUCCUGUUUUGUUCAUCAGGUUUUAACGAAAUAUGCAUUUUAUAUCUAUGAUGUCAUUUGUAUUAUGUUCUUCUACUGUAUUAUGUUCUUCUACUGAUUCUCUAAAAUGUAUUUCAGCAACAUGGAAAAUGAAUAAAACCCAUGACAUUCAUAGAUAAAAUACAUGUAAGAAUUUAUUAACAUAUAAAACUAAAAACACGAUCUCUGUCAUUCCCAUCAUAUCUGUUACUAAAAUUAAAA